GGCAGGUGGACUCCGAAAGCCCUCAUAGGAGCUGAGCCUCUUCCUGUGGCGGCCACACACCAGCACAGCCCGUGGAGGAGCCUCUUCAUCUUCUUUUUCUCUUUCUUUUUCUUCUUCUCCUCUCCUGCGGCCUCCUGUCCCCAGGACUGUCCAGCCUGGCAAGAUGAAGUGGAGCAGCAUCGCCAUCCUUGCCACCCUGCAGGCACAGCUCCCAGCCACAGAUGCUGCAUCAGUUCUUGGCCUCACAGAUCCCAGGCUCUGCUACAUGCUGGAUGGAUUCCUCUUCAUUUAUGCAGUGGUCAUGACAGCCCUUUUUGUGAAGGCAAAGCUCAGCCAGCCCCCUGAACCACAGCUGCGACCAGGCCAGGAUGAUGUGUACAAUAAACUCUCCCGCACGCACAGAGACGAUUACGAUGUUCUGGGAGGAAAGCGAGGAGCAGACCCCGAGCUGGGCGGGAGACACCAGCAGAGGAGAAAGAACCCUCAGGACACUGUCUACACUGCACUGCAGAAGGACAAGAUGGGUGAGGCAUACAGUGAGAUUGGAAUGAAGGGAGAGCAGAGGCGGCGAGGCAAAGGCAAUGAAGGUCUCUACCAGGGGCUCAGUGCAGCAACCAAGGACACUUACGAUGCUCUCCAAAUGCAGCCUUUGCCCCCCCGCUAA